ACACACCAGCAGCAACGACCAACGAGCUAGUAGUCAUCACUCUCUCACACACACACACACGCUCACCAUAUAAACAAACAAGUCAUGGCUUCCGCUGCACAGAAGAAGAUGGCCGUUGUUUGCUUGAUGCUGCUGGCCGUCGGCCUAAUGGUCGAUGCUACCGACAAGCCCACCAGCUGCACCGAUUCGGUGAAGAAUGAUAGUCCUCCGGACAGCGACUGCAUCUGCUCCAAGAACUGCGCAUGUGCCGGUAAGUGCAUCCUUAUGGAGCCUGCCAGUGUUCAGUCCUGCUUUAUCGACUGCGUCCUCAAAAACGACUGCAUCUGCGAGGACAAGAAGAACGGCGCUGACCAGCCGCAGUGAACACUAAGAAAUCUCAAGUGAGCAUGCAUGCGUGUGCCCUGCUGCCUGCCUAUAUAUGCAUGAAUUAAUAUACAUCUAAUGCAGGCAUGCUCCAACUUGAAGCAAUAAACUUAUUAAGUAUGUGUUCGUCUGUAAUAAUGCAUGCAUCAUGUGCAUGCCGUGUCUUUGUCUGCUAUACUUAUGAUUGUACUCGAAGUUUGUAAUAAAGCGCCGCACAUGACGGCUGGUAUAUAUGUCUGUAUGAUGAUCGAGCGAGUCUUCCUGUGUACCGCUUGUUUUAUUUUCAUA